AUGAAAAUCCUUUCCAUUGACUUAGGGAGUUACAAAGCGGUGGUUGCAUCUUCUGAUACUUCAGCGGGAGAAAUAAUUCUGAGCAAAGCCGGGGGAAGAAGCACAAAAAUGGCAGUUGACUACAGAGGAAAAGUACGAACAUUCGGAAAUGUGAACGUAACGUGCAAGGAAAGAGAAAAGGUGGCUGAAAACAUCCGAAAAGAGAUAGAGGAGCUUGCAGAAGAGAUAAAGAACAAGAGCAAGUGCCUGGGAAAGGUCAGCCUGCCUGCGCAGUCUCAUGUAUAUGGGCUGCUGAACAGCCUGAUCACGCACUACGCGACAUCAAAAAACGUUCCUUUGAGCGACAUAGAGGUAGAAAUUGUGGUGCCAGAGACAUACACCCAGCUGCACAAAGCCAUCCUUGCAAAAAUAGUGUGGAUGAUCUGCCCCAAGAUAGCGGUGGAGUGCAUUUCGGACUCAAUGGCCCUCUCCGCAUACUAUCUCAGCAGGAGGUCGACCGAGGAGAAGGUGUUUGUUGUUUUUGUUGACGUGGGCGACCAAAAGACAACAGUUACCUCGGCGUGCAUCCACAGCGGCGGAAUACAGAUCAACCAACGGCGGACUGUUCCGGUUGGCGGAAUGCAGAUCACAGAGAUGAUUUUCCGCAAGAUAUACAAGGAAAUAGACCCGAAAAUACCAGAUCUGUUUGACGAGCGCGAGUUCAGGGUCAGAAACCUGAAAAAAAUAGAAUGGAUAAAAGGCGCUAUUGUGGGCCUGCCCUCCGUGUCCACGCAGGUGGACGUGUCGUACGACAGGUCGGUUGGGGUGACCAUAACCCGAAGCGACCUCCAGCAGCUGGAGGCCGUGUUUGAGCCCGUGCAGACCGAGCUGCAGGCUGUGUUCCAGAGCAUGCUUGAGACAAAGGCGCUUUUAGAGAAGGAGGAGGGCGCUGAGAACCCGAUGCGCAUAGAGGUGGAGCUGGUAGGCGGCUCUUCAAAGAUCCCUCUGGUAGAAGCAAUGGUGCACGCUGCCACAGGGUGCAAGCCGGAAGUGCACUUGAAUGCAGACGAGUCGGUUGCCCUUGGAGGCGUGUAUCGGAGGCUUAUGGAGAGCCCCUUCCACCGGUUUAGAUACGAUCCUCUGAUAAAGGACAUUCUUUCGGAGAAGUACUACAUCCUGGUCGAGGAUGCAAAGACCCGCGCCAGAGUAAUGAACCUGUUUGACACAGGGUGCCGGUUCCUGAAGGAAACAAAGUCUAGAAUCCAAGGAAAAAAGUAUGACAAAUCCAUAGUUUUGGAGCAGCCCCCCAGAAAGAACGUCAAAAUAUCCAAGAUCACGGAGACCACGGAAAUAACAAUGUACUGCGGAGACUAUCCCGUUUACAGGCUUUUGCGGAAAGCUCCUGCAGAACCGAGCGCGGAAAACACCGACGACACACAGAAAGCGCCGGCCGAAAAGAAAACCGUCAGUUUGGUUGUGAGCCUGAAUGCAACCGGAGGAGUCGACAUAUCCUCGGAGGAUCUAGAAGUUGUUGACGUUCUCGGCGAAGUAAACAUGGAAAAGCUUCGGCUUGCAGAGAACGCGCAAAUAAGGAAGGAGAAUGCAGCGAUUGAAAUAGAGGGAACGCUAAACACGCUGCAGGCUGGCAUCUUCAGAGCAAUUGAGCUGCUUUCUGACGAGCUGGGCAGCCUUCCUAUUGUGGAAGAAGGGGUCGUUGACGCCCUCUGGGAGUACUCCCAGAUGGUGGAGGAUCUUGCUGGCUCUGCCCGGACAAUGCAGGAAGUAAACGACUUCAAGGAGAAGGCAGCCAAGCAGUUUGACCCAACCCUGAGCCAUGACUGGGAUGCGUACGCAGAAAAGCUCACUGCAGAGGCAUCAAAGGCGCACUCGGUGGAGAUUGUGCAGCCAGCAUACCCGGGCGUGUUUGGCCUUUUCUGUGUGAAAACCCAGGUUGAAAAGCUGGCCCAGCAGGAGCUUGACAGGAAGGAAAAAAUUCGAAAGUACCAGGAGCAGGAGAAGCUGCAAAGGGAGCAGGAGAUGAAAGAGAAGGAGGAGCGGGCGAUGAAAGAGCAGCAAGAGGCUGAGAAGCCAGAGGCGACAGAAACCUCGGAAUAA